UGUUCCUAUUUGGAAGACAACCCCAAAUCCCAAACCCACCCAGAAAGGGGAAAGCAAAGUCGGAGCCGCAGGCUAGGGUUUCUCGACGGCUUCACCGCCCUCGCCGCCAUGGACGCGCAGCGAGCCCUCCUCGACGAGCUCAUGGGCACAGCUCGCAACUUGACGGAGGAGGAGAAGAAGGGGCACAAGGAGCUGAAGUGGGACGAUCCCGACGUGUGCGGUCCCUACAUGGUCCGGUUCUGCCCUCACGACCUCUUCGUCAACACCAAGAGCAACCUCGGGACGUGCUCGAGGAUCCAUGAUCCGAAGCUCAAGGAGAGCUUUGAGAAGUCUCCUCGGCAUGAUAGUUAUAUGCGAAGGUUUGAGGCAGAGCUUGCACAACAAUGUGAGAAAUUGGUAGUGGAUUUGGAUAGAAAAAUAAGGCGUGGUCGAGAAAGAUUGGCUCAUGAUUCUGCUGUGCCAAUGCCAAUCCCUGGAAAAAUAGCUGAGCAGCUCUCAGCACGAGAAGAACAGGUCAAGAAGCUGCUGGAGCAAAUCGAGGAGCUUGGUGAGGCUGGUAAAGUGGAUGAGGCUGAGGCACUUAUGAGGAGGGUUGACAUUCUAAAUGCUGAGAAGACAGCUUUAGCUAACCAAGCGGACAACAAAGUGGCCAUGCUUGAGAAGAAGAUGGAACUUUGCGAAACAUGCGGAUCAUUCUUAGUUGCUGAUGAUGCUCUUGAGAGGACGCAGUCCCAUGUGACUGGGAAACAGCACAUAGGUUAUGGCAUGGUUAGAGAUUUUCUAGCAGAGUACAAGGCUGCAAAAGAGAAGGCUAAAGAGGAAGAGAGGCUUGCAAGGGAGCAGAAAGCAGAGGAACGUCGGAAACAGAGGGGUAAAGAGUACGACAGUGGGGGCAGGGACAGUGGUACCAGAAGGGAGAGGUCUGGGGAGCGUGACUAUGAUCGUGAUCGUCAGUAUGAGCGAAGCCGUGGAAGAGAUAGGUCCUAUGAUUACAGAGAUAGAGGAUCAGAGUAUCGGAGCAAUUCCUACAGAAAUGGGAGGGAUUCUGAAAGAGGAGGCCACAGAUACAGGAGUGGUGAUAUGACAAAUGACCGAGGGAGAAUGAGGAGCAGGUCACGUUCUCCAAGCAGGCAUGGCUAUGGAAGAUCUAGAAGUCCAGAUCAUUAGCUGAACAUUUAGAUAGUUUUAUUCACAGUUGGGACUCAUGAGGUAGACCGUUCCCUUUUGCUAUUUAUUACUGUACAAUGGGUUUUAUUGAAGUGUCGCACUUGUUUUAAGUCUCUGCUCUGCUGUAACAGCUCUGUUGGAACCCUACAGUCUUCCUUUUUACAUGGGAAAAAAAUCUCAGGUAGGUAUUGAUUGUCCUUCCCACAAUUUUUGUGACUUUGAUAUUCUAUAUGUAUGCUGAAGCUUUGUUUCGAUAUUGGAAUCGAAAUUCUAAAAGCUGAAAAAUAGUACAAUGAGACCAGUACUGGACUUCAUGUAUGGAUGCUGAUAUUUACAGCCUAUGGCAGGUAAACCUUGAACAUUAAUGUUUCAUGUUACACACUUUUUGUUUCCCUUCAUAACUUUGCUAGAAAGCCUUUUGGUUUUGCUGUGUUGUGAUUGGUCGCUCUUUGCCUUAGAUUUUACACCACUCAGGCCAGGUCUCUAUUACUGUCAAAAAUUAUGUAUAAUUGUGACUUUUGUAGCUGUAAUUGUUAUGAGGUAAUGUCUUCGGGAAGAACAAUCAGGCAAAAUGAUCCAGGAACAGUUCUAGUCACCAACAUAUUUGUUUUGUGGAACCAUUGUAAUAACUCUUCAAGAGAUCAGGUUUUGGUUGUACAUAACUGUACCCUGCUAAGAACCACUGGGACCGCAGAGUUCUUGACUCUGGUUAUUGGCUCCAAGUCUAGUUCAAAGAAGGUUCUAUUUCUACUGCAAAAUAUGAGAUAACUUCCUACGGUUGUGGAGCCUCUAAUGGGUGUGCUAUUAUGGUAGAUAUGGUGUAUUCUAAAUAUGCAAUACUAAUAGAUGAUCUGCUUGAGUGUAUCUGACAAGUUAUACUUUGGAUCAAUUGACGUUUUAUGAUUUC